UUCCUGACGAGGCAGCACAGAACAAAGCCAGCAGGCUUCGUUUCUCUUCUUUGUCCCAGCCACGGUGGCCACAGCCUCUGCUUCCCGGCAGCAUCCUGGGGGAAGGACGCCAUGAAGUGGAAGGUGCUUGUUGUCGCGGGCCUCCUGCAGGCGCAGCUCCCGGUUACAGAGGCACAGAGCUUCGGCCUGCUUGAUCCCAAACUCUGCUACCUGCUGGAUGGGAUCCUCUUCAUCUACGGCGUCAUUGUCACUGCCUUGUUCCUGAGAGCGAAGUUCAGCCGGAGCGAGGAUGCCCCCACGCACCAGCAGGGCCCCAACCAAGUCUACAACGAGCUCAAUCUAGGACGGAGAGAGGAGUAUGACGUUUUGAAUAAGAGGGGCGGCUAUGACCCUGAGAUGGGAGGGAAACAGCAGAGGAGGAAGAACCCUCAUGACGGCGUGUACAACGCGCUGCAAAAAGACAAGAUGGCGGAGGCCUAUAGCGAGAUUGGCACGAAAGGGGAGAACCAGCGCCGGAGAGGCAAGGGGCAUGAUGGUCUUUACCAGGGGCUUAGCCCGGCCACCAAGGACACCUACGAUGCCCUCCACAUGCAGGCGUUGCCCCCUCGCUAGCACAGUACCGCGGGGGUUCCACCCCACACGGGCCAGACCUGCAGACGCCCCGAUUGUCACAGACCCAGGAAAAAGCAUUUCCAACCCAGUUCGCCCGUAUUUGUGCACCAGCAAAGUAUUCCUCUUUAGGAGUAGGAUGCUUCAAGUUGUACCAUUUGGUCCUAUCCAGUCCCAAACUGUCAGACAGGAAAUGUCCGGCCUGGGCGCUGUGAGGGAGUGUGUCCCUAGGGGUAUUGCCCAGUCCUCAAGGGGCCCGUUGUGAGUGCGGCUUGUCCUCGGUCUCGUUUGCUGGGGACGGUGGCUCUUACCUGGGAGGCGGGCACACCCCUCACAGCCCACUGUUAAGUCUGUGUUUUGUCAAGUCCCCCAACGUCAGCACCCACCUGAUCGUCUGUACUGUUCUACCGUUAUUUGAAUGGCUUGGCUUCUGCUGUAAAUUUGGCUUCUGCCAUUCACUGGCCCCUCAUUUCUCUGGAGCUUGUAAUCCUCUGGAAGGUCUGGGCAGAGGCAAGAUGGGCCGAGCCCCACAGGUGUGCAGCAGGCAGGGGUAGGGCGUGCGAGCGGGGGUGGAGCCCCGCCAGAGCCCCGGGGCAGGACCAGCCCUCCUGUCUCAGCAGCCCUCCCACAGGAAAGAGUUUGUGCGCCAGGCACGCCGGGGCCCGAAAGACGAACACGCCAGCUCCCGCCCUCACGGGGCUCACAUCCUCAUGAAGGGAGUGACAGGCAGCAAGGCCUGAGAGCAAGACAAAGCCAUCAUCGUGAACACCUGGAAGUUAGACCCCAGGACAACGGCAGGACGGAAAGGCCCAGCCGACGGAUGGGAACGCUGCUGUGUAAUCGGAGGGCUCGGGGCCUGGCUGCUCUGCUCUGCUCUGCUUGGUUUUAAUUUAUGCUGGUUUGCUAAGGCCUUACUCUUUGCAUAAUAAAC